CGUUUCCAUAAAGCAACUUUGUACAGUCAGACUGAGCCGCAAACCAAAUCCAGCGGGAAGGGCUGAGCUCCUCACCUUCGGGAUGCUUUACUGGGAGUUUUACUUCAUAUCUGGAUAUCGUUUGUUGGAGUAUAAAAACAGACUUUUGAAAUAAGAGCUUAUUGGGAAACUUUGGCGGCUCUCUAGCUAAUAAGAAUAGCUAGUUUAAAACGUCCCGAAGAUUAGCCAACUAAGCUAACGACCGUAUUCAAUGAGGGGAGUUUGUCAUUUUGCUGGGUUGUUUGAACCCACUCUGCAGUUGCCUCUUUGACAAUGGUUCAGGUCUUUAGAUGCAGCUCGCGUGGGUUAAGAUUUUUAUUUGGCUUUUAGAAGCGGCUGUAAAGUGCAGGAUGGAGAACCUUAAGCAGAAUUUGCAAAGGGGGGGUUGAUGUCGUUGCUGUUACAAGUUUAAGGCUACCACCGUUUUGCUUUAUCUGUUCAUUGACUAAAUAAUUACUAUGACGAUGUCAGAAAAUUCCCCAAAAGAGGUGUCUUAAGCUGUGGUCACUUAUUUAAUUUGUAAAUAAUGUCUGACUUGGAAAGUUCUCGUUCCUAUUUAGGUUUGGAGGACCCACAGUGGCUAUGCAUGGUCACGCUGUUUAUUGCAUCUGUGGUUACUCUGAUAGUGUAUUUCGCACAGUACUUGCAACACUGGAUUGUAGGGAAUCAACAGAAAGCAGCGAAGGACAAUGCGGCGGAGGAGGAAGCGGCCGCCUUUCUUGGAUGGGCGCUGUCACAGAAAAGCUGGAAAAGUCAGUGGAGGGGAGCUUGGUGCAGAGCUUUGAAUGACGAGUCAAAGAAGCGUGGGGAUGCUGUUCUGUUAACGUUUGAAGAGGAUGGUCUUGAGGCAUCAGAGCUGAUGGUCAGCAAAGUGUCCAGCUUUAAGAAGUCUGCCAUGAACAAGGCCGCUUGCUGCAGUGUGGUUGGGGAGAAGCUGCAGUUUUCUCUCAGCGCAGCAUCGACAGCCACAGCAGAUCCUUGUAAAUACACAGCUUGUAUAGCCCCACUAGAGCUGCAGCUUCAUCUACAUCUGCAAGAAGCUGAAAAUGAAAUUGAGGUGAGCUGGGGCGUUUCUCAUCUGGACACAGAGGACCUCCAGGUGACACCCACUUUCGUUCAGGACAUCACCACCUCUUGCAGUCCAGCAGCCAUUAAGGAACAGUUGAGACAGCUGCUAUGUGCGACUCAUCCCUUCAUGCUGCUGAGCUCCAGGCCUGCUCAGGCCUCAGAGGUCAAGGAAACCCACAACAAAGUGCUGUCACCACCAAAGCCUCCUCGUGCCCACGACUGGAAGCUGCUUGUUAAAAACAUCCGGGUCACCCUCAGUCAGGAGGAGGAUGCUGCAGGCAGCAUGAAUCCUCUGUGUGUGCUGCAGUUAGAUGACCCUCCACAGAGGUUUAACACUUCCGUUGUGAAGAACACAACCACUCCUGGCUGGGACCAGCCCUUUAUUUUCGAGUUGAAUGGACGAUCAAAAGAGCUCUUAGUUCAGUUGAUGAACGAUGGACAACCUCAAGAGAAUUCCUUACUAGGUCAGGUGUCUGUACCUUUCGAUCUUGUAAAGAAACAGCCCAAAGGACAGCAAACAUAUGCACUCAUGACCAAAGACACGGUGACUGGAUCACUUACUACGGACUUUACAUACCUGGAGCCCAGUGAGGUGCGGUCCUGGCACCCUCCCACUCCAGCAUGCAAUAAGAGGAUAGAGAUGGACCGUACAGUCAUGCCCUGUGGCACCGUGGUCACCACCAUCACUGCAGUGAAGAGCAAACCAGGGCGACCUCCUCCACUAAACACAGAUCCUGCCCAAAAGCCAGUGGUCAGCAAGCCCAAGCUCGGUGAGCGUCGAGUUUCAGAACAGGCGUCCAUGUUGGGAGGCACCGUGAGCAAAGCCCUGUCCUCCUCCGACACCGAGCUGCUGAUGCUCAACGGAACGGAUCCGGUGGCUGAAGCAGCGAUCAGACAGCUCCACCAGUCGGCCAAGCAGAAGCUCAAGUCCCCAGUGAAGAAGAGCACCAUCAUCAUCUCCGGCAUCGCCAAAACGCCCAUGUCUCAGGAUGAUGAGCUGGCUCUGAUGGCAGGCUACGCUGCAGCAAUGGACGCCUCGAUGUCAGAGAGCAGCUCUACUCAGGAUGUGACCACGGCGAUCGCAUCAGGGACCAGCAGUCUUCCAGAGGUGUCCGCGCCCCAGGAAGGCCCCGCUGGAGAAGGCCGGCCUCCGGAGGACUGGGAGAGCCAAACCGGGGAGGAACUAGACCACACUUCGCUUUCCAUGUGUGUAUCUGAGGCUAGCUGCAAGAAAAGCAGAGGCACCUUUCUUCAGAAGAGUGCCAAGCUCUUCUUCCGGCGGCGUCACCAGCGCAAAGACCCGGGGAUGAGCCAGUCACACAAUGACCUGGUUUACCUGGAGUCUCCGGCCGCGGUGGAGCGGGCCAGCCGAACCGCCACAAUUAGCCGCAUGCUUAGCCGCAAGAAUAAGAAUAAAGGCAAAGCUAAUGGCUCUACCUCCACGGGGGAGCCACAUGUGUGACCCCCUCGACUCCCCCCCUACACACAGCCCUUCACUUUCAGUCCCUCCCUUAACUACCAUCAUCACCUCAGAAGUUGCACUGGCAAACAUCCUGGCUACCCUGCCCCCCCUGUUCAUGCUCAACCUGCAUACUGGAGCUCCUGCACUGUGAAUGUGAAGGCUGUGCAGAUGGGAAAAGCCUUCUCUCAUUGCCGUGUCCUUUUCGAAGCGCUUCAUAUAUGAAGCUGCCAUUCUACCAAAGCAAGUGUGUGCAUCCGUGAAUGAAGGUAUCCUGUCCUUUAGGAGGAUAUCAUUUUGCAUGUUUCCUUUAUUUGAUUUUAUGCAACAUUUUGGCAUCUUAAGUGCUUUUAUGACCUUGUUACUGGCAGAAGGGACUAAUGUGGGUUAUCUUCCCUUACCUCACUGACGCUGAGGGCGAACAGACAACUUCCUGCUGCACACCGUAAGUCCCCUACGGUGCCCCAGCAGGAUCACAGACGAAGAACAGAGUGGUGUUUGUAUGAUUUGCACAACUUGAGUAUCUUUUUAUUUAACGUGCAAUGACGGGAGCUGCUCGUUAGACUUUUUCUUUCUUUUGUUGUUCACGUUGAAAUGUUCAUAAAGGGAGAUAAUCUUUUCACUGGACAACCGGCUCAAGUGGGACAGUAAUAUGACUACUCUGACACUAAUUUUGUUAAAUAAUUUGACAAACAAACUUUAAAUUUAUUCAUGUAUUUGUGUAUUCAGUCCAGACCUCUUCACUUUUUAUUAUUUUAUGCUGCAGCCUUUAAUCCUUAUCAGUAAACACUCAAAAGUCCAUAAUAAACGACGACAAAAAGAACUAAAAAAUGAUUUAGAAAUCUACUUAAAAGGAAGUUUUUUCUUGAUCAAAGUGGGUAUCAGUGAAGAAUAAAACAGAGCUGCAGCGUAACUAAAGGGGAUCUGAAUACUUUCUGAAAGCACUGCAUUAAACUUGUAAAAUGCAACUGUAUGAAAGGAUGGCAAAAUAAGUUGGUUCAAGCUAGUUGCUGGCAUGUUCUGAGCUUAUGCACCACUAGUCAUUAAGAAAGUUAACUUUCUAAUGAAGGAGCCGGGCGCUUUGAACGUUCUCCAGGGCUUUUUAAGCGAAACAGGACUUUCUCUGUUGUCUUCCUGCGCACUGCUGCUGUUAGCAGGGUUGUUAAUGUGUCGAAAGGGAACUGAAUGAACAUUUAUACAGAGACUCGUGCUACACAUACUUGCUAUACUUGUCAUAUACAUGAAACUAGUUCUGCCCACGUUUCAGUGCUUCAUUACAUCUGAAUGGAAGGAACUCUGCUCUCUUCUAAUGUUUUGUUAGUUUCAAAACAUGUAGCUUGAACACAAGAACAAAAGACAGUGUGUGCACCUUUUUGGAGCAACCAAAUAGUGUGGCUGCUUAUUUUUAUCCAGCUAAUGAUUGUAAUUGUUUUCCUUUGUUGAGCAGCUUGUUUCUGUACAUCUUUUAACUACUGUUAAUUAAGUUAUUCUGCUCAGAGAACCGCUGCAGCACCGGGACAGAACUGACACAUCGCCUUACAGUUUCCCUGACACUGAUGUAGCUGUCGCUCUAAACUUGGUCCGAGGUUGCAUUAUUCAACAUACCGGCCUGAAGAUCUGAGAGACACGAAUACUGUCACCUGUAACAUUACCAGUGUCUAUGUUUAAGAAGCCUAUGCACAUAUCUGUUUGCGGCUUGUUUACGUUAUUAGACUUCAUGAUAGUUAAAAACACUCAUUCAGAAAAAGGGCAGGUGUCUUUGUCUCUCGGUACAUGGCAACGUUGCGACUCAUCUCCCAUCGCUGCUUGCAGUCUGUUUUUAAAGAAAACCAGAACAAGACUGAAGACGUUUCAGACAGAAACAUCUUCAAACUGAGGAAAGGAAAAUGGGUUUUAAUCGGCUUCAGAGCCGUGUCACGUCACAGCCUGCAAACGUCCGCUGCUGUGUGCAUUCAGUAAGCAUUAGAGCCAUAUGUGAUUAAUAAACCGCUUCAUUCUUUUAUUUUAUUUUUUCUUUUUAUGCCAUCUGCUCAGUGCACAGAAACUGGCUGACCGAAGUGCUGCUGCUGAAUGUCAGUCAUUUUCCUGCAGGGACUGUAACUAAACUACAAAUGGAGUUGUUUCAUUUUUAGGAAUAAAGAUUGAGUGAAUAACGGAUUGUGUUGACACUACUUUGAUUGUUCUGAACAUGGCUCACAUUACUUGUUGGUGCUGUUUUAUUGGUGUUUUUGUUUGUGAAAACUAGUGACGCCGGCUUAGAAUGAAUUCUGCUUUUAUUUUUUUCUAGUUCAUGCCACUGUGGUUUUAGGCUAGUACGUGUACAAUAUAUCAGCUUUCAAGUCAUAAUGCAUUGUUGAGUGGGGGGUUUGAAAAAAUAAAUGAAUGUAAUAACCAUGUACCAUGGGGUCAGGCAUGUUCUUACAUUGCCUUGAAUGAAAAGAAAUAAGAAUAGUUUUCUUUUUUUAUGUUUUAAACAAGUAUUUUCAGAUGGAAAAGUGGAACUUUGUUCAGUGUCCAGAAAAAAUGUUUUCUGUGACUUGAUUGCAAAAGAAGAAACAUUUUGUAAAGUUUUUUUCCAGAUUGUGUAA